AAAUUUAUUUUAUUUUAUAUCUAGUAUUUAGAUGUGUGCAUUGAUACCUCAUCAUUAUUGUAGUGUACAACAUACAUUUCAGUAUUUCACAUCUCCCUUGAGUUUUAGCUAUAUGUAUAUAUACUUAUAUUUUCCGCUUUCACAUUCACUUUAGAACAAAAGAAGCAGCAACAUGGAGCUUACUGGCAUGAUAUCAUGUUGCAUUGAUUACACUAGAAUCCUCUCCACUAAGGAUAAUGUGAAGAAAGAAGAGAAUUACAUUCCUGGAAAGGUCAAGAAUGGGGAAGUGAAGUUCUACAAGCUUAAGAGAUUGGCUCCUCCAAUUGUGGCUGCUCUUCUUGCCUUAUCUCCUAUCUCAUCUCCCCAAGUUUCAAGUGCGCAAAUCUUAGAAAUUCAGAGAGGAGCCACAUUGUUUCAACAAUCUUGUAUUGGAUGCCAUGAUGCAGGUGGUAACGUAAUACAACCAGGGGCAACUCUAUUUACAAAGGAUUUACAGAGGAAUGGAGUUGAUACAGAAGAAGCAAUCUACCGUGUAACAUAUUAUGGCAAAGGAAGAAUGCCAGGGUUUGGAAAAGAAUGCAAGCCACGCGGGCAGUGCACAUUUGGAGCUCGUUUGGAAGACCAAGAUAUCAAAGUGUUGGCUCAGUUUGUUAAGUCACAGGCAGAUCAAGGUUGGCCAACUAUCCAAAAAUAAUCACUACAUUUAGGCUUAUUUUUGCCCUAUGCAAUGCUUACAAGAUACAUCAGAGGAUUGGAGAAUACUAUAUUAGAUUUUGUUCGAGUCUAGUGUUUUUUGUUUCAUUUUUUAAUUACUGACAUUUUUCUUUUAAGAAUUUGAUCUUCGAUUUUCAUAUUUGAGUUUUGGUUUUAUUUUUUUAUUUUUUUUGACAAGACAUUUCAUUUUAUUCAAGAAAAAUCAAGAUAUAAGAUAAUAAGGCAAAGGUUAGGCCGCGGCCAAAUAGGUGAAAUAAUAUUUAGUAGAUUGAUUAA